UUAUCCCCUUGUUCUGGCUACAUCCUUGUGUCGUCGAGCUUCUGUUUUGCAAAGGCAGUGGAAGGAACACAAUGGCGGUUUCUCUAUCGGCGCUCACAACCUCCCUCUCUUCACUCUCCUUCUCUUCCCACAUUUCCCAGAGACCCUGCACUCUCUCCUUCGCCAGAACCGAAUCCCUCUCUCUCUCCGUCUCCCCCUUCCCCAAAACCCCCUCCUCCCUCGUCGUCACCGCCACCGCACUCGCCGAACCGGAAACUGAGGACCUGAAGAAGUACGUCAAGUCGAGGCUCCCAGGUGGAUUCGCCGCGCAGACAAUCAUUGGCACCGGCCGCCGUAAGAGCGCCAUCGCUCGCGUCGUUCUUCAGGAAGGAACCGGCAAAUUCAUAAUCAAUUACCGCGACGCUAAGGAAUAUCUUCAAGGAAAUCCAUUGUGGCUUCAAUACAUUAAGGUCCCCUUAAUAACUUUGGGAUAUGAAAGUAAUUAUGAUGUUUUUGUCAAAGCUGAGGGUGGUGGCCUGUCUGGUCAGGCUCAGGCAAUCUCUCUUGGCAUUGCUCGUGCCUUGCUGAAGGUGAGCGAAGAUCAUAGAGCACCUUUGAGACAGGAAGGACUUCUUACCAGAGAUUCCAGAGUGGUUGAGAGGAAGAAAGUUGGUCUCAAGAAAGCUCGUAAAGCCCCUCAAUAUUCCAAACGUUGAGGUUGGGAUGUUACAUGUAUGGUCUGUCUUUUCUUUCCUCCUGGUGUCUCUGGAAAUGGGUUACAUUUGGAACUAUUGAUUGUUUUCAUUUGUAGUUGUAGGCUUCCAGUUAGGAAAAGUAAAAGAGAAAUUGAAAAAUAUCCCAAGGCGUAUGUAUUCAGAAUCCUGCUCUCUGUUUUCCCAUCUCUUGUUUCCUUGAUCUGUAUGGAAUUGGGAAUUGUAGGUAUGUAAUAUUUGCUUUGUCUCUCCCUUUUACCCCCAACCAAAAUCACAUGUUUUACUAUAUUGCAGGUUUCUUUUCAAGACCUAAAUUAUGUGAUCUUUUACUCUUCAUUUCUUGUGCCUAUUUGUACCUUCAUUUGGCAUAUUGAAAUGUUUGAAACAAUGACACGUGAAAUUUCUUACUA